AUGACCACUACCCCUGGCUUUGGGCAAGUUGAAGUCUCUAACAGACAGAUUAAGGCUAUAUUGGAGAAGACUGUGAGCUUCACUAGAAAGGAUUGGUCAACAAGACUUGAUGAAGCACUAUGGGCUUACAGGAAAGCUUACAAAACCCCCAUUGGCAGGUCCCCUUUCAACUUGCUAUAUGGAAAAGAUUGCCACUUGCAUGUGGAGGUCGAAUACAAGGCUUUAUGGGCAGUAAAGAUGCUGAACUUUGACAUAAAGGCAGCACAAGAAAGGAGGGUAAUGAACUUGUUUGAGUUGGAGGAAAUCAGAAUGAAUGCCUAUGAGAACUCCAUGAUUUAUAAGUUGAGAACAAAGGCAGCCCACGACAAACUGAUCCGCCUUAAAGACUUCAAGGAAAAGGUUCUUAGGAAGAAGAGGCGAACAACUCGAGGCACAACUCGAUCGAGCCGCGAUCAAGCUCGAUCAAGCUACAUAGACCCGGUCGAAUGGAGUGCCCUUGACGGCCGUCUGCCCUCUCAUGACCACGACCUUGCCUCCCAGCUCUUUGGGGGGCACUGA